AUGUUAAAUAAAGAAAAUAAUAUUAUAUUCUUAUAAGCUAUUUAAGAAAAAUAGUUUAACAAAGCUUAUAAAAUAGGAUCACAAAUUUUGAAUAAGAACCCUAAUGAAUAAAGCAUCAAGAGAUUCAUGAUAUUUUUGUAAAAUAAUCUCCAAGAUUGUAAUAUAUUUAUCUAAUUUUUGUGAAUUAUUAAAGCGAGGAAGAAGAUGAUGAAGAAGAAUAGGAUGAAUAUGAUUACGAGAUCGAACUUUAUUAAAAAAGAUAAAAAAAAUAUAAGAAAGCAUAAGUAUGAUUUGCUAUAAAAGUAGCCAAUUAAGGUGAAUAAGCCUGAAAGAAAUCAUGAAAUCAAAAAUAUAUAUGAUAUGAGAAAUAAAUAAAUAGAAAUGCCAGUUAAAACAAAGAAAUAAAUCUAAUAAAUUAGAAAUCUAAAACAAACAAACAAAAUGUCAAAUAAAUAAUUAAACAAACCAUCUGAUGUACAAUAGAUUAAAACGAUUGUUCCUUAAAUUUCCAUACAGUUUCCUUCUUUAGUGCGAAAAUGA